UUUACAUUGUUAUUGCGAACCAGUGAAAUGUUACGCGCCGGUAUUCUAACUCUACUCACAGUGUUGUUGGUGAGCUUCAUCGGCACAGAUUCUGCGCGGAUUUUGGGAUUGUUUACUUCUCAUUCGAAAUCACAUUUGAUUGUUCAUAUGAAUACAAUUCGUCCGAUGAUAGAACGUGGUCAUAAUGUCACUAUUGUAACAAUGAUACCAGUGAAGGAACCAGACCUGAAAUUUCGCCAUAUCAAAUUGAAACAACCACAUAUGGACCAGAGUAUGAUAUCCCAAGAUACGAAAGGCUUCCUUAAAACAACGCAGUUGAUGGUGAAAGUCACAAAUGAUUUCUUGGACUUGACUAAUAUGACGCUAAACGAUCCAGAGAUGCAGAAGCUGAUGAGGGAGGAAUCGUUUGAUCUUGUCGUUUUAGGAAGUUUCUUCAAUGAUUUCCUCGUCGGUGUAGCUGGACACUUCAAAUGCCCACUCAUUAUUAACUGGUCGGGAGCUCCCAUGCACCACUUGAGCAAACUGGUCGGGAAUCCCCUUGAGCUAUCCUACGUUCCCGCUUUAUUAAGUGGUUUACAACAGCCAAUGGGGUUCUUUGACCGGGUUGGAAACUAUAUAUUCUCUGCAGUAGAAUUCGGGAUGUUCCAUUAUUUAAACUAUCGAAUGAGCCAAUAUUAUGAGCAUAACUUCCCAUCAGCUAAAUAUCCAUCAUACGAGGAAAUGAAAAAGAACGUCUCACUGCUGUUCGUGAACACUUAUUUGAGCCAAGGAUCUAUCCAACCGUACGUGCCAGCCAUCAUACAAAUCGGGGGAAUUCAAAUAAAACCAAAACCCGAUCCACUACCACAAGAUAUUAAAGAAUUCCUAGACAGUGCAUCAGAAUCAGGGGCCAUUUACUUCUGCUUAGGAUCAAAUAUUAAUGCGGACUAUCUUACACCCGAAUUCGUCGACAUAAUAUUCAAAGUUCUCUCCAGUCUCAAACAGAAGAUAAUUUGGAAAUGGGAUAAGGAGGAACUUCCAGGAGAGUCUCCAAAUAUUCUUUAUAAGAAGUGGCUGCCGCAGGACGAUAUUCUUGCCCAUCCAAAUUUGAAGCUUUUCAUCACUCAUGCUGGCGGUGGAGGAGUUGCAGAAGCCCAAUAUCAUGGUGUUCCAAUGGUGGCAAUCCCCUUCUUCGCCGAUCAAUUCUCCAAUGCAAAUAAAUUACAAAACGAAGGCCAUGGUAUCGUUGUGGAUCGGGGGACUCUGACAGAGAAAUCGUUCCGACAAGCUGUUUUCGAAGUUUUGGAGAAUACUAUCUAUAGAGAGAAUGUCCAGAGAUUUUCCAGAGUAUUUAGAGAUAGACCCUUGAGUGCUAAGGACACAGCAGCCUAUUGGAUGGAAUAUGUUUUGAGGCAUAAAGGAGCAAAACAUAUCCAGAGUCCGGCAGUUCACAUGAAUGCCAUGCAAUACCACGGACUUGAUGUGAUUGCCUUCCUCAUUGGUCUGGCUUACGUAGUCUGGGAAUUAGUUAAAUUUAUUUGGAAAGUGACUGUAGGAGUCUUAUACAGAAAGAUUUGUAAAAAGAGUAAGGAAAAUGCUAGUUCUAAGAAAAAAAACCAAUGAUCUUAUUUUCUAUUUAAAUUAAAUAUUAAUUUAGAUAAUUUUACGUCCUAACUUUUAAGAAUAAAUAUGUUUUAUACGAUUA